AACAGUCCGGCAUCUCUCGCGAGUCAAUACACAUUCCACUUUCUGCAUCUUUCCGAAAGCCCAUUUCUUUCCCCUUCUCGGAUCCCACGCCCAUCCAAAACCCUCGCCUCACUAACAAAAACCCUUCUCUCAUCCGUCUCUCGCUCUCCGAUUCCAGAUUCAUAUAUACAAAGCCUCCGUAUAAUUCUUCUCUCUCUCUCUCUCUCUCUCUCUCUCUCUGAUUCCAGAUUCAUAUAUAGCAGAACCUCCGUACAAUUCCCUUCCUUUUCUUAUCCUCAGAGAAUCAUGAAAUCCCAUCACCUUUAAAUCCAUUUCCCUAAAAGAAAGAAAAAGAAAAAAUCAAAGCCAUUUCACGAUGGGCGGAAAAACCGAACACCCAAACGGAGUGAAAGCCGGAUCCACUUCCACUACACCGUCGGCGCAAGUUAGCCUCGCUCCGGACCUCCUCUCCUACCUGAAGUUCCCGAAGCUGAAGACGAAGCAGCAGGAACUCCUGCUCCGCGUGAGUACCCUAUGUUUGGUGUACGUCCUUGCAUUCGCCAUCCGCCUCUUCAGCGUUCUCCGCUACGAGAGCAUGAUCCACGAGUUCGAUCCUUACUUCAACUACCGCACGACGGUCUUCCUCACGAAUAAUGGCUUCUACGAGUUCUGGAACUGGUUUGACUCCGAGAGCUGGUACCCGCUCGGUCGAAUCAUCGGUGGGACCCUCUACCCGGGCCUCAUGGUCACUGCCGCCCUCCUCUACAGGGCUUUGCGCUUCCUCAGCUUCGCCGUCCACAUCCGCGAAGUCUGUGUGCUGACUGCUCCCUUCUUCGCGUCCAACACCACUCUCGUCGCCUACUUCUUCGGCAAGGAGAUCUGGGAUUCCGGGGCCGGCCUUGUCGCCGCAGCGCUGAUCGCGAUCUGCCCUGGGUACAUAUCCAGGUCGGUUGCAGGGUCCUAUGACAAUGAGGGGGUCGCAAUCUUCGCGCUCCUCCUCACGUUCUAUCUCUUUGUGAAGGCGGUGAACACAGGGUCGCUGGCGUGGGCCCUGGCAUCAGCAUUCGGGUACUUCUACAUGGUGUCGGCAUGGGGCGGGUACGUAUUUAUCAUUAACCUGGUGCCGCUCUAUGUGUUGGUGUUGCUGGUGACAGGGCGGUAUUCGAUGAGGCUUUAUGUGGCAUAUAAUUGCAUGUAUGUGGUGGGGAUGCUGCUCGCCAUGCAGAUUCGGUUUGUCGGGUUUCAGCAUGUGCAGUCAGGGGAGCACAUGGCUGCCAUGGGUGUGUUUUUCCUGAUGCAGGUGUUUUACUUUUUAGAUUGGGUUAAGCACUCGCUAAACGACCCAAAACUAUUUGAAGCCUUCUUGAGAAUUACUGUGACCUGUGCAGUAAGCGUGGGCGCUCUUGCACUAGGAGUUGGCAUGGCAUCUGGCUACAUCUCUCCAUGGACAGGCCGUUUUUACUCCUUGCUUGAUCCAACAUAUGCAAAGGAUCAUAUUCCCAUCAUUGCUUCUGUCUCUGAGCAUCAACCUACAGCAUGGUCAUCUUUCAUGUUUGACUACCACAUCCUGCUUUUUCUUUUCCCAGCAGGCCUGUACUUCUGCUUUAAGCGGUUGUCUGAUGCCACAAUUUUCAUUGUUAUGUAUGGCCUCACGAGCUUGUAUUUUGCUGGUGUGAUGGUUCGAUUGAUUCUUGUCGCGACACCUGCCGUGUGCCUUAUCAGUGCUAUUGCAGUAUCUGCUACUGUAAAAAAUUUAACAUCAUUGAUACGCUCAAAGAGCAAGGCUAGUCAUGCCAGUUCUGGCAAGGGAACAACUAGCCUAAAGACUUCUGCUAAGGCUUCACUUGAUCAAUCUCUGCCUUUCCAAAGAAACGGUGCUAUUGCUUUGCUUCUAGGUGCUUUCUAUUUGCUUAGUAGAUAUGCUACACAUUGCACCUGGGUCACAUCGGAGGCAUACUCUUCCCCCUCAAUUGUCUUGGCCGCAAGGGGUGCUUAUGGUGGAAAGGUGAUCUUUGAUGACUACCGUGAAGCAUAUUAUUGGCUUCGUCAGAAUACUCCUCCAGAUGCGAAGGUGAUGUCCUGGUGGGACUAUGGAUACCAGAUCACGGCCAUGGGAAACAGAACUGUGAUUGUAGAUAAUAACACUUGGAACAAUACACACAUUGCUACUGUUGGACGCGCAAUGUCAUCCUAUGAACAUGAGGCAUAUGAGAUAAUGCAGUCGCUGGAUGUGGAUUAUGUGCUAGUUGUAUUUGGAGGUGUUACUGGUUAUUCUUCUGAUGACAUUAACAAGUUCUUGUGGAUGGUCCGCAUUGGAGGUGGAGUUUUUCCUGUAAUUAAGGAACCUGACUACCUUGUGAAUGGCGAGUAUCGUGUUGACAAAGGGGCAGCACCGAAAAUGUUGAACUGUCUCAUGUACAAGCUUUCUUACUACCGAUUUGGAGAGCUGACCACAGAGUAUGGUAAACCUCCCGGGUAUGAUCGUGCCAGGGGGGUUGAAAUUGGAAAUAAGGAUGUGAAGCUUGAGCACUUGGAAGAAGCAUAUACAACAUCUAACUGGAUAGUUCGCAUCUACAAAGUAAAGCCGCCCAGUAAUAGAUGGUGAGAUCUCUCUCUCUCUCUCUCUCUCUCUCUCUCUCUCUCUCUCUCUCUCUCUCACGUUUGGCGGGACAGGAAAGGAACAGUGGAUGAAUUUUGAGAGUGCUAGUGGAUUUUGAAAUAAUUUGUGCUUAUUUUAGAAAGAUAGGGUUCUCACAAUAUCUGAUGGCUAUGCAUUGUUGAGAGAACCCUUUUGCUUAGUUUCAUAGAUGAUUUUUCGGAUUAUACAUGAUCACCUUCCCCCCUAUAUCUUUUAGUAUACAUGUUCUCUUAUUCCAUGUCCGAAGAAAGUAUGAGAGCCUUCAUGUUGA